CGCGAAAAACCGUUGGGUCACGACCCUCCUGCGCAAGCGCCAGGGCGGAUCCAAUGCACUUUCCAGCUAUAUACAGGUAGGCGCCAACCCCGGAGCACGUACGAGUACAGUAUGACUCGAAAUAGUAGUAGACUGGGCGGCAAUUUAUCAGUCUCCUGUAGGUAACCGGAUGUCCAUUUCAAUUAUUUUCAUUUUCUUUCCUAUCUUUACAGUAGGUGUCCUAGCCUGUAUCAAUGUCGGCAACCCUGACAUCUCUGUCUCCCGAGCUUCUGGUGCACAUCCUAGGCUUACUUUCCUCCCCAAAGGACCUCUAUUCCGCCAUCGCAGCAUCCUCACGGCUUUAUCGAAUAUUUAUUGCGGAACCAAGGGUACGUCUUUUGGGACAGAGAACGACUGCUUAAAUACAAGCAGUUCCAGACUCCUCGGAGUCCAGUAAAGGACUGGUAUGAAUUUCCUCUCGGUCAUCAGAGGUAUACAGACACCCCCGGCGUUGAGACUAAGCUCAAAGGUGUUCGUGUGCACGAGAAGGUUAUUAGGGAUAUAUCUGAUGAUAUUAAUGGCAGAGUGUGCAAAUAUGGUGAGAACGACAAUGAAAUAUUUUAUACUGAAGGAGGGGAAGAGGGUGGGGAGGAAGAAUAUGUAAUAUCCUGGCGAGAGUAGAUCUACUCAUCCACAUUACAACAUUAAAGUCGUAUCAGUGUGAUUCAACAAAAAUUCACGUAUUCAGG